AUGUUAUUAUUAAUUUCAAUAAUCCUGAGACACAUAUAAUCAUGCAGUAAUUAUUUUAGAAAUCCAUUAGACAUAUUGAAAAGUGAAUUGGAAAUCAGUAUUUCUACAUAUGAAAAUAUGUAUUGGGAAAUAAAGGAUGAAUUAAUUGAAGGAGAGAUGACAAAAUUUAGAUUGGAAGGAGAUAGGAGUGGGACAUACUUCAAAUUGUAAUAGCCGAACGAUAUUUAUGAUUAGAAAAAUUUUCCUUAUUUUGUAGAGAUUCAAGAAACAAUCAAGGCUAGAUCAUAUAGAAAAGGAGACUUCUGGUUGAAUGAGUAUAGUUUAUUGGGAAGAGACUCCUCAGGACUUCAUAUAUACAUAAUAAAUGAUGAAGGAUUUGGAUAAUUGCCACUCUAUCAUGUUUGUACAGAUUUCGAUUAUUUGGAUUAAAAUAAUUUUGUGGUUGUUUGUCAAGAUAAUGAUGAAAUAUUGCUAUAAAUUAUUAAUAAGAGUGGAACCAUUUUACAUGCACAUUCAAAAUUGACGGAGCAAAGGAGCACUUAUAAUUUGGCAAUUUAUAGAGACAAAUCAAUCACAUAUCUAUUAAUCUAUACUCCAGCACACACAGAAGAAACCAUGAGCAUACAAUCAAUCAUUAACGUCUUCCUCAUUGAUUCCUACUAAAUUAUAGAAACCCCUUACUAUUUGGAUAAAAAAAAACUCUCGGAACUAUUUUAAAAUGAACUCAAAUAUUUCUCUGUAAUUGACGUUCAAGUUUAUUCGAAUAAUGUGUUUGUUUUAGAUUAUAAAAUGGGGCCAAUCAAGUUAAUCCAGGAUAAUAAAGGCAAUUUCACAUAGGCAAAAUUAAUAACUACCUCAUUAUAUAUAACAGAAUACUAUAGUUUUUCAAUCAGAAAGUAAGAGGAACUUAUAGUGUUCGGAUUUGUAUCUAAAAAUUAGAUGAGUUUGAGAGUCCUAAAAAAUGGGAGAUAUGAUAAUGUGGUAAGAACAUUUGAGAAGGUCGACUUUACUUUGGGCAUUUGCAAUGUGCAAACAACUCCAAAAUAUUACCUGAUUAAUUCAGAUACAGAACUUAUUAUUUUAAAUGAUGAUGAACUAGUUGAUAAAUUCCAGAUUUAAAAAGAAAUCUUCAUUGCAAAUCCAAAUUUCGACCUCUAUAUUUUAUUUCAUAGAAAUAAAGCAGAAUUCUAUGAAAUUAGUUCUGGUAUUUUGAUGUUUCAAAAACAAAUUUAAAAAUAGGAAAAUUAAUAGUAUUUCAAAUUAGUAGACAACUAAUGUACUAGUUGUUAUGUAAAUAUUGUUCUAACUAUUUAUGACAAAUUAGAUGCAAAGAUACAUACAAACUUUUAAAGUACUUUUUAUAAAUAAAGCAUAUUUUACUAUCCUCCCUAUCCCAAAUCCUACUACACUUGGCCCAGAAUUACUAAUGGCCCAAAUGUUCAAUAACAAAUAACAGUAUCUAAUGAUUAAAAGAAGAAGAAGAUAGAUAUGAAAUUUCUCUCAUUAUCUCCUAUGACUAUUACAGGAAUCAGCUAAUUUGAUUAGAAAAAUGUAAUAUUUAGUCUCAUCAAUAACAAUUUGGGUCUUAAUUAAUACUUGGUGUAAAUUGAAAACUUGAGUGCUUUCAUUUAUGUGUGUUAAAUGAAUGAAUUAGAACAGAAGUGUUCAUAAAAGAUCACCUUCUACCCACUAAUAAAAUUGGUUGAAGACAAUAUAGCGUGGACAGAAGUAGGAAUGUAUGAUUCAUACAUAGGCAUAAAGACCUAGAAUAAUCAUGUAAUCACAAUAUAUAGAGUCGGUGAUACCAAGAUCAUUCAAAUUUUUCAAAUCAAAACUUCUUUGCAAAAUGAGAAAACUUAAAUCACUGAUUUUGAAAUCAGUUCUCAAUUUGUAUUCGUACUUAUUAGUGGCAUGAAUGAGAUCCAAGUAUACUCAUUAUCUAAGAAAACUUAAAUUGAUACAAUAUCAAAUCUAAAUAAUGCCUAAAAGGUCUACAUUAGUAAUACCUUUAACAAGAAUCUUAUAUUUAUCAAAUGCAAUAACAUAAUCAUAAUAGGACAUUAUAUCAAUGAAUUUAAUGUCAUCUCUCAGAUCCAAGUGACCGACCAACAAAAUGUCCAAUUACUCUUAUCAAUAUUCAGAUCUACUCUCGUGGUUGUCUUUAAAACAGUUACAGAACAGGGUAUUUUACAAUAUCUUAUUCACAAUUUGAACUCAGUAACUCUCUUAAGGAAACUCCCCUUAUACUACUACUAAUUGCCAAAAUAGCUUUAAUUGGCUUCCAACCCUUAAAAGAACUUAAUUUUGGUUACUGCAUAUUCUGUGCAAACUUAAACUACUGUAAUUUUGGUUUACUAAAUUAAUGAAUAUCAAAGGAACUCCCUAUUGACAGUCAUUGAUACUUUCGACUACUUUGAAGAUGAAUUGAAUUAUUGUGUUGCAGGGAUUUACGAUACAGUCAUUUAGUUUAUAUAUAAGAGAUAAGUGUAUAGUUAUCUUUAUUUUGAGUAACCCAGACUCUAUAUCAAUUAUUUGACUGAUCCUACACACUUUUAAUCCGUUUUGAUUUUGUCUUAAUAAGAGUGGAAUGACUAUUAUAGUUUAAAGAGGGUGUACUCUAAGGAGAUUACGGUUGUAGACAUGUAAUUGGAGAUGCAAUGGAUAAAGGAGAACAUAGAUUUUGAGUUUGAGGAAUGCUAAGAAGUUUCGAUGAUCAAAAUAAAGGACAAUUGGAUCUAGGGUCAAAGAAUUUAAUAUAAAUUAUCUUGUAUUUUGUGUACGACUGAUAAUGACAGUGGUUAAAUCUACUUGAUGAAUCAAUUCUAAAAAUCCAAUAAAAAGAUCCAAUCAAAAUCAAUAUAGCAAUUCAUCAAUUUCAAUGAAAAUUUUCUUCUAAUUUUAUCUGAAUUAACAGGAACGAAACAAUAUUUGCAAUUUAUCAAUAAUUUUGGUGAAAUAGAAAAUCAAAUUGAAUUGUAAAGUGAAUAAAAUAAUUAUGUUGCAACAAAAUUGUUUUUAUUAACAGAUUAUAUCCUAGUUGUUCUGUAUGAAAAUGUAGCAGCUUAAAAACCAAUAUUGAAGUAUUAUUAUUGUUGGAAGGAUUAAGAAAAGUAAAAUUGCAAAUUUAUGGGGAAAAUGGAGUUUUAUGACAGAAGAAUCAUCAAAGAAAUGUCCUUCCUAAAUAAUGUACAAAUAAUCUUAACAGAGAGUUUGACAGAAUUUCCAACUCUAUAUUUUUACUCUUUGGAAAUUAAUAACAAAGAUUUUUCUAUAAAACCAUAUGACUUGAUAAUCAAUAAAGAUUAUUUUCAUUAAAGUUUUAAUGUGACUUCUUUUGAUGUAAUGAAAAUCUCUGAUAAUGAAGGGUGCUUGAUUUUGGCUGAGUUCCAUUUUGGUAUAAUUUUAUUAAAAAUGAUAUUGACGAAGGAUCAGGCAAGUAUUUCAAAAUAUGAAUAUUUGGAAUUACCAUUUCGCCAAGAAAAAUUAGUAGAGCCUUUAGAAAAUAGAUUCAUAAAGAUAUAGAUCUUUAAAGAGGGGAUUAACUCUUGCAAAUUGAUUUUAGUUGAUCAGAUUAAUGAAAGCUAUUAAAUCUUCCUUGAAUAUCAGAGAGGGAAUUUUAGGAUACAGAUAAUCUAAGUGUUUUUGAAAUUGGGUAAUAUAUUAAAAAUGAGAUCCAUUAGUGUUGUUGAUGAUUAUCUAUUGUAAUUGUUUAAAUAUGAGAACAAAAAUUACUUUUGUCUCUAUGAAAUUGAUUAGAAUAGUGAUAUAAGAAAUAAUGCAGGCAUAUGCAAAGCAGGAUUAAAAUAAUCUGAUUAUGAUUUGCUGGUAACCUCCAAUUUUGUAUUAAGGAAAAGUCAAUUUGGAAAGUAUUAAUUAUUGAUAAAUGCAUAUGAUGAAAGAAGUCUGUAAAUUUACACAAUUGAUUCAGAUGCAAGAAUUGUUGUAAAGAAUGCAUCAGAAUUAAAGAAUAACACAGUGAGUUUGAUAGCAGUGAAUCCCUAUAAAUAAGUGUAAUUGGGAAUAAAUCUAACAUUGAUACCAUGUCCGCCUCCUGAUUAAGAAAUGAAAUUAUUCUUUAUACUUUUGAUAGUUGUUUUGGGAGUACUUCUAGCAGGUAUAAUCAUAUGUGUGUCAAUCCAUAUAUGUAUAAACAAGCAUCGUAAGAGAAGAAGAUCAUAUAAAGCCAUUUAAUGA